UUCAUCUCUAAUUAGAGAUUUCAACCGAAGUGGGAAAUCUGAGUUCCAAAAUUCAUCAGCUCUAAAAUUUCUAGCUCUCUUGGCUAGACUAUUUGCUACUUCAUCACAAAAGUGCAUUUCCAACUUGUAAAACUUUCUAAUAAGCUCCUGCAAUCAUUGAUUACAUUAUUAUUUCUCCAAUUAACAGAUCCUAUAUUACCAUUGAUAGCAUUUACUACAUUCAGACAAUCUCCUUCUAAAUGUAGUUUCUGAACUGCUUCAGCUUUUGCCCACCUAAUAGCCUGACGAAGCCUCAGCCUGCUUCAUGUAGUUUCUCCUCUUACCAUAAAGUUGGGUGGGUCGUAUCAAGAUUAUAGCCCGUCACAAAAAAAACUAAAUAAUGGAAAUCCUUGUAGAAAUUCUGGUACCCAUUUGGCUCCAAGUGUGCGUAAGCUUCAAUGGAAACUGAAAAAAAUCAAGCAUUUUAGUGAAUAGGAAAACAGUAACACUGACCUACCCUCUUAGCUUUGAUGCAGCUGCACUCUAGUAAUCUUAAGACUAUCUAAUAUACAUUCAGCAAUCUUAUUCAGACUUAUUUUCAGUGCAGCUAUUAGACGACAUCACAACACACAACAGAUGUUUGUACUAAGUCCUCACAGAGGAGCCAAUACAAGAAAGGAAACUCCAAAUAAGAAAGGAAACCCCAAAAUAUUGAGGAGACUUGUGGAAGCCUCUUCCUCUGCUCCUUUCCUUUCUACCCAAGUUAGAGUUUUUGUUUAAAAUCUUGAUUUUCUGUAUUUUAGUCUGGUUUGUUUCCCCCUCUGAACUCCAAUGGUACGUCACAGUGGUGCUAGAGCUGUUUACUUAUUAGCUCGAAGGUCUAUUACUUGGAAGCUACUUGAAGAUUCUGAUAGUAUAUUGAAGAAUUCAUUGAGUCGUCGGGGGUUUAUAUCUGGAAUUCAGAAUGGAUAUGUUAAUUCCGAAAUAAAACCAAGAGGUGGAGGUUUGAGUGGAGUUAUUAAUGGAAAUUGGUCUGCCAAGAGAUCAAUUCAUGCAACUGGUUCAACGUGUAUGUAUUCCAGAGACUACUACGAUGUAUUGGGAGUGAGCAAGGAUUCAAGUGCAUAUGCUGCCGCAAAGAAAUUGCAUCCAGAUAUAAAUAGGCAUGAUGCCAAUGCUGAAGCAAAGUUUCAAGAAGUUAAUAAAGCCUACGAGGUUUUAAAAGAUGAAGAAAAGCAAUUAGUUUAUGACCAGUGUCAUGUAACUUGUGGCUCUGAAUUUGUAAAAGACCUGCUAGAUAUAAAAAAAGGAUGAGAUUUCUGAUUUCCUGGGCGCAACACUCUGAAACAGGCAUGGCCAACCAAAAAAAGGCAAAAAAAAAAAUGGACUGC